AUGGUGAUCCUGAUGCAGAUACUACGGUGGAUUCCAGUUUGCACAAUGCUUGUGAUGAUACAAGAAUGGCACCGGACGCUAGCGCUGCGAUUGACAAACAUGAACGUCCCGGAGGUGGUCGACUACCGCGAUACGAUAACGCUGUCCUGCAGCUACGAUCUGGGCGCCCACCAAUUAAACUCCGUCAAAUGGUACAAGGGCAAUAAGGAGUUUUACAGGUACGCUCCAAUGCUGUUUCCAAAGGUAACCACCUACCCGGUAGAAGGCAUCGUCAUCGCAACAGACCGGCCAACGAUCUGCAACCAGUAUCUUUGCUCGAUCCGGUUAACCGAGCUUCAGCGUUCCUCGAGUGGCGAGUUUCGGUGCGAAAUAUCCGGUGACGCGCCCGAGUUUAAGCUGGCGAACGGGACGCGCAACAUGACGGUUGAGGUGCUACCGCAGGACGAUCCCACCAUCAGCGGGCUCAGUGCGAGCUAUUUACCAAACGAGCUCAUCGCCGCCAACUGCACCUCCGAUCGGUCCAGUCUCGCCACGCGACUCCUGUGGUUCAUCAACGGUCGCACAGUUCCGAUGGAGUACUUACAGCAGCAGCAGGAGACAACGCUCGAGAGCGAUGGCUUUUACCUGCGUUACCGCACGCUGGAAAUGCGUGUGCCAGUAGAUAAGCUUGUCCAGCGCGAAUUAGACAACGUAAUCCAUAUCAAGUGCAUGGCCUCGGUGGACGCGAUACCGGCGGUCGGUCGAGAAGCGAAGGCGGUGGUGGCGCUGCGCAGCCACCGUUCGUCAUUGUUUGGGUUCGGUGGCCAUAGCCGGGCGGCUGGCCGGAGCACCAUCGUACCGAGGCUUGUGCUUAGCUCCAAUCUGAAUGACGCGCAAACUCUACUACUUCUGACAUCGAUUGCCAUCGCUAGCUGGCGAUGGUACAGUGGGCAGGACCAUCGAUUCCUACUAGACAACCGACCCUGA